AUGGGAAAAGUCAGGGAACUAGGUUUCGACGAAUCUAACGAAUCAUUCGACAUGGAAAUCCAUUCGCUGAUCGUCCAUGAAGACGUCAACCUCGGCGGCAACAUAAUGGUUGCAGUUGUUAAUUUGGAGAGAGCUGUGAAACCAUCGACACGAAUAGGUGGAUGUUUCUUGCAGGGGCAUGUGGAUGGAACAGGUGAGAUUGUUUCAAUGGAGGUGGAAGGGGAUUCGUUGUGGAUUAAGGCGAAGAUGUCACCAGAGAUUUUAAAUUUUAUAAUGGCGAAGGGGUUCAUUGCUGGGGAUGGAACUAGUUUGACGGUGGUGGAUAUGCUUGAUGAAAAGGAGUAUUUCAAAUUCCUGUUGGUGGAGUAUACACAACAAAAAGUUGUGAUUCCACUGAAGAAAAUUGGGUUGAAGGUGAAUCUUGAAAUGGAUAUAUUGGGGAAAUAUGUAGAGAGGCUUCUUGGCAAUGGAUUUGUAGAGUGUAUAGAAUCACCAUGA